UUCAAGUUAUAAGUCCUAGAUAUCAGCUGGUGUUUGUGUGAAAAUAAUUUUUCGAAUUCGAAAAAUGUUGAUAUUAUGUCGAUUACUGGCGUAAAACAAACGUAGGAACCUUUUUUAAUUAAUCGUUAGUGAAAUUAAUCAUCCUGGACAAGUUACCAGAAUAUUUACGAGAUACAGUAGAUUGGUUUAUUGGAAAGGCUAGACGCCGUGACAAAGAACUUUGCGCUGACGAACCGAAACUUUACUUGGAAGAAUCUGUAUUGGAAAAUAAACUACCGGAGAUAACAUUCCGAUCGUUGAUCGAGUUACCUUCGGGAUUAGACUAUAACGAAUGGCUAGCAUCACAUACUAUUGCGAUAUUCGAUAAUGUAAACCUGAUGUAUGGAACUAUUUCGGAAUUCUGCACGGCUACAGGGUGUCCUGAUAUGGUUGGUCCCGGAUUUAGGACAUAUUUAUGGUUUGAUGAUAAAGGGAAGAAGACUAGAGUAUCGGCUCCUCAGUACGUCGAUUACGUGAUGACUUUUACUCAGAAAACUAUUAACGAUGAAGGCGUAUUUCCUACUAAAUACCCGCACGAAUUUCCUUCGUCUUUUGAGACAAUAGUUCGUAAAAUAUUACGUUUAUUGUUUCACGUGUUAGCCCACCUGUACCAUAGUCACUUUCGUGAAAUGGUUAUGCUGAAUUUACAUUCGCAUUUGAACAGUGUAUUCACGCAUUUAAUACUAUUAAACGAUUGUUACCAUCUGAUCGAUGAUCGCGAGCUAGAAAUAUUAUACGAUUUAGUACAAGCGUUGAAAAUUCUCGAGAAUGACGCCGUCGUCGCUACCAAAUCAUCGGAAACGAGUCGAAGUUCCGUAACUAACGGUUGCUUAUCGUCUGACAAUUCGGCGGAUAAACAGGUCGAAGCUUCUACUGAUACAAGCGCCUCGGUAAAGUCAUCGGAACAACUCGCUUCCUUUUCUGAUCCUAAUUCUAUGUUACCUGCAACUGGAAACGUUGCUACUGAUGCUACGAGCGCUACUGAAGUUGUCAACUUCUCCUGUUAGUUUAUAAGAUGUUGUGAUUGGUAGGUGUUAAUGUAAUUAUUUUAUUUGUUAAAUAUAUGUAGUCACUAUUUAACAUUGGUUAAAGCGUUGUUGUAUCUACUGUAACGUUUCUUUAUCUUUUUAUUAAUUUCGAUCAUUAGAAUUUUACAUUGUGUACUCUCCUCCUCCUCCUUCUUCUUUCUUAUAUACAGAGUCUUCAAAUCGUUAUUUUAUUCGUUUUCGAUUAAUCGUUUUAUUUUUCUUUAAAAUUCAUUUUUUUUUCUCUUCUUGUUUCAUUAUUGUAUUGUUAUGGCUUUAAUUAGGGUUAUUAUCGUAGCAUUUUUUUGUCGGUAUACUGUCGUCACACAAUGUUGUAAUAUUAAUUUUAUCGGUGAAUCGUACACUACUUACGCGAAAAAUAGUAUUUUAAAAACUGAAGAAUUAUCGUAUUUUCAAAAUAUCUUUUAAUAAUGUUCAAUUUUUUCUUUAUUAUUUUUCUUUCUUUUUUCAAUGUAUCAUACAUGUUGGAACUUGUGAAUUUGUUUCCUCAAUAAAAUUUUAUACGAAGUAUA